CUCUCUUUUUCUUCAUCAAACAUAUAUUUGGAGAAAAUAAAAUCGAUGCGGCAGCUCUUCUCUCGGCUCUCGGCCUCAGUUUGGAUCGGCGUCUAAUAAGUACAGUUCGGUUUGGAUAAACUUACCCUUGAUCCCUCGACGUAGGUACAACGUGGGUCACAUUGCGUUUGGCCCUUUCUUCGACAAAACUCUCACGGAACCGAAGGCCUCGCAACGCGGCGAUCAGCAGGUAACCGGAACGCUUCAUCAAAGAUGGUGAAGAUGGAGGGCCACGAGCAUGAUGAACACCAGCACCAGCAUUCGGAGAAGCCAACCGAACCGGAGCACGUUCGUAAGCUGUUCAUCGGUGGGCUGGACUACCGGACCACGGAUGACUCACUGAAGAAGCACUUCGAGCAAUGGGGUGAUAUCGUGGACGUCGUCGUCAUGAAGGACCCCAAGACCAAGCGCUCCCGUGGCUUUGGCUUCAUCACCUAUUCCCGGGGCCACAUGGUCGACGAUGCCCAGAGCGCGAGGCCCCACCGUGUCGACGGACGCGUCGUCGAGCCCAAGCGCGCAGUGCCACGGCAAGAGAUUGGCAAGCCGGAGGCCGGUGCUACCGUCAAGAAGCUCUUCGUCGGUGGUAUUAAGGACGACCACGAGGAGGAUGACCUCAGGAUGUACUUCUCCGACUACGGCAAUGUCGUCGACGUGAGCAUCGUCACCGACAAGGACACCGGCAAGAAGCGCGGCUUCGGCUUCGUCGAGUUUGAUGACUACGAUCCCGUCGACAAGAUCUGCCUCCAGCGCAACCACACUAUCCGCGGAAAGUCCGUUGACGUCAAGAAAGCACUCAGCAAAGCGGAGAUGGCCUCUGGUGGAGGUGGUGGUGGCCGUGGCGGCGGUGGUGGCCGAGGUGGUGGCCCCCGCGGUAACAACCAAGGCGGCGGAGGAGGAGGCGGUGGUGGUGGUUGGGGAGGCCGUGGUGGCGGUGGCGGCGGUGGUGACUGGAACCAGGGUGGAAAUGGAGGUGGUGGCGGUAACUAUGGAAGUGGCGGUGGUGGUAACCAAUGGGGUGGAGGAAACAACGGACCCUGGGAAAGCCAAAACCAGGGUGGCGGCGGUGGUGGUGGUGGAGGCGCUUGGAAUAGCCCUGGCGGUGGUAAUGGUUACAACAGUGGCGGCGGUGGUGGAGGUGGUAACAGCGGAAAUUGGAACAAUGAUAAUUUCGGUGGUAGCUACCAACAAGGAUACGGUGGUGGUCCCGUCAGAAGCAACUAUAGCUCCGGUGGUCGGUCGGCUCCCUAUGGUGGUCGAUCAGGUGGAGGCGGCGGCGGCGGUGGUAGUGGCUACGGCGGUGGCGGUGGUGGCAACCAGGGUAAUUAUGGAGGUAACAUGGGUGGCGGCGGUGGAAUGGGAGGCGGCGGAGGUGGAGGAAGAAGAUACUAAGCCGAUUACCGAAAUCAUCUCUCCACUCCUCUCUGAAACGGUGAAACCCAUUCUACUUCUUGUCCACUAGUUGCAUAACAGUACAGUACUGCGAUACUGUAGGCAGAAAUAACGCAGGCAGGCAUUCAGGCUAGAGAAAUGCAGGCUAGAAGGACAGGAAUGAAAAAAAAAAAAAGAUGCGAAGAAUUGAGUUGUUGAGAAAAAAUCAGUGAGACAGAAUAAACAGGCAGGACUGAAAAAACUCCCACAGGCAGGCCAGUUACAGGAAGAAAAGCUUAGACAGUCAGAGUAAGAGAGGUGGGGAGGUGCUUUGGAUCAAAAACGAAUAAUAUAGAAUUAAAAAGCAGACCAUUGUUUCAAAGUAUGGUUUUCAUGAGAACUUAUAAUUUUUUAUAAUACUAUAGGAAAAAAAGUCAUUUUUUACUUAGUUGACAAAAUAAGUAUAAAUUAACUGAUUGAGCAUGUACCAGUACACAAAAUGGCUGCACUAUUUCCUGCGAUGAUGAUAAAAUAAACUUUAGACUUAAUUGAACUGUAUUCUGUAAUAUUAAUCUGUGAACAAACUGAAUUUUGUAUUUGAUUAAACAAGUACCUUUAUUCAACUGCUUCUAUUAAGCUCAUUAAUUUACCAAUGAAGUUGAACCAUUGAGUUAACUGUAAGAGUUGACUUACAAGUUGUACAUUGUAAUUAAUUAGCUUUUUAAAAAUUGAUACUUCAUACAUUUUUUUAAUAAUAGCGUUUUUUACUGUAAUUGUAAUAAUUUGAAAAUUAAAAAAAUUGUAAAAAGGUCGUGAUUAAGUUUAUUCAUUUAACUUUGUGACAAUCACAAUCACAUCUUUAACAAUGUUUUUCUUGGUAACUCAUAAUAGUUGAAAAAAAUUUUGUAGGUUACCUACAAACUCGAAAUACAAAACAAAUUACCCAAACCGAAAUAGCGUUAUUUUGUUUAGUUUCUGUUUAGUAACUAUACUGACCUUAUACUUCUAAUCGUAAUUUUUGCUAUUACUAUUCAACAAGUCAUGUCUAUUUAAAAGUAUUGUUCACGUCACAAAUAAAAUUAUUAUAACGUAGGAGGCUUAAAAAACCGUUUCAAGUCUUCAAAAAUGUCUAAAUUUUUCACAUUAUGUCUUUCUUGUACUUUUUCACAUCAACUUUCAAUUUUGAAAUAAUCUGAGAAAAGCGACCAACACUGUAGAUCAUGUACAAGGAUAAUAAACAUAAAUUUCCAUCCACUUUUUGUUAGUCAAAACAAAUUUUGUCAAUAGGAAUGUAAGCGUCUCUUCGUCAAUAUUUAGUUAUAUUAGUUUUAUUUUGUACGUUCAGCACUUGAACUAAUUGUAAAUAUAUGGAAUAAGAAACA